AUGUCACUAGAGCGGGGAACAUCAAUCCCAAUCUUUCGCGAGAGCUGCGGCGCUGGAUCUGAAGCUGUUCACUCCGCUCUUCGAAUUCGUCGCCGCUGGAUCUCUCGCCGCGACGGGGAGCUCCAGCCCCGGACCUGGCGACAGAGGAUCUGGGACGGCAGCUGCUUCGGGGGCAAAAAGGGAGGCGAUUUCGGCGGCGACCGUUGGGGAAGAGGCGAUGAAGAGGAGUUGGGAGCCGAGCCGGACGUGAUCCUCAGUUCUUGGAAGAUGCAGAGGUUGCUAACAGAGAACAGAAACAAAAAUAUGGAUUUACCCAAACCCACAUCUCACCUCUGCAAGAACAUUCAUGUCUGUGUAAUGGGUCACGGCCUGCACGAGUGCCCAAGCAGCGAGGUCCAAUUGACGACGAUGGUGGCGGAAUCUAAAGGUUGCAGCAGCGAGGUCCGAUUGACGACAAUGUCGGCGGUUGAAAUGGAAACUCGAGGACGAUGA